CGGCAGGGGGGCGUGGCGGCACGGGCCUCCCGCGGCUGCCGGGGCGGUGACCGGCGCGGGCGGGUGGCGAGCAGGCCAUGCGGACGGCUGGCGACCCGGGAUCCCACGACCCUGCGCUCGUCCCUCGCGCCGCGGUAGCCCGGAGCCCGCGUGCCUAGCGGCGGCCUUUCUUCCCUGGAUCGCCGCCUGCCGCGCUCCGGCCGGCGCGGAUGCAGCUGCUCCGCCUGGGCUCGCGCUCGGGGCUGGAGGUGGAGCGGCGGGCGCCGGGCGGCAUGCGAUGGGGAACUGCUGCUGGACGCAGUGCUUCGGGCUGCUCCGCCGGGAAGCGGGUCGGCUGCAGCGAGCCGGCGGAGGAUCGAAGUAUUUUAGAACGUGCCCAAGAGGAGAACACUUGACCAUAGAGUUUGAGAAUCUAGUAGAGAGUGAUGAAGGGGAGAGCCCAGGAAGCAGCCAUAGGCCACUGACUGAGGAAGAAAUUGUUGACUUACAAGAAAGGCAUUAUGAUUCGAUUGCUGAAAAACAGAAAGAUGUGGAUAGGAAAAUCCAGAGGGAGUUAGCCUUACAAGAGGAGAAGUUAAGACUAGAAGAAGAAGCUUUAUACGCUGCCCAGCGUGAAGCAGCCAGGGCAGCAAGGCAGCGAAAGCUCCUGGAGCAAGAAAAGCAGAGAGUUCCACAGCGCUAUCAUCCCGGCAGUGGAGACUAUCAAAGUGCAGGACCAGAAGACGACUUUGAAUCUUGUUUGAGAAACAUAAAGUCACAGUACGAAGUUUUCCGAAGUAGUAGACUCUCUUCUGACGCCACAGUAUUGACUCCAAACACGGAAAGCAGCUGUGACUUAAUGACCAAAACCAAGUCAACUAGCGGCAACGACGACAGCACCUCCUUGGACCUGGAGUGGGAAGAUGAAGAAGGAAUGAAUAGGAUGCUGCCAGUGAGAGAGCGCUCCAGGACAGAAGAAGAUAUCCUUCGGGCGGCACUCAAGUACAGCACCAAGAAGGGCAGCAACCCCACGUCCGCCUCGGAGGACUCCAAUGGGCUGGAGUGGGAGAAUGACUUCGUCAGCGCCGAGAUGGAUGACAACGGCAAUUCCGAGUACUCUGGGUUCGUGAAUCCUGUCUUAGAACUGUCAGAUUCUGCCAUCAAGCAGUCUGACAUGGAUCAACAGAUCCGGAGUGGAGAGACAGCUGAACGCUUUGAUCAAGUGCGGUGUCAACAUCUGCCUUCUGUGUCCCAGGACUGACUCAGCGAUCUGACAUAUCAAACACUCAUGGCGUUCUUGUUCACCCUGGUCAAGUUCUGCAUCUUAAAUUGUACUGUUUUACUUUGCUUUACUAAGCCUAUUUUAUUAUAGAAAUGAAAAUCUGAAAGUACUUUGUGUUAAUUCUCAGCAGAUGUAAAGGCAGCCUGAGGAGGGAUGGUUGGUCCCUUUGCCAGCAGCGUUCCCUUUGAUGAUUUCCUUUAGUUUUGUUAGCAGUUAGCAGGUAACUGGAGAUGACCCCAAAGCGUGCUGACGUGUAGGUUUCUUUGCACACCUAUCACAUACACAUAUCCUAAUGCAAUGUUCACUCAAUCUGAAUAAAAGACAAUAGGGUUAAAGAAGCUUCCAGAGUUUGGGCACUUGGAGUUGGUAAUAAUUCAAAAGUAAUACUUAACGAUGUAAAUUUAAAUUUUUACUUCUUUUACAUGCCACUGUGUUGGCUUUAAAUUGAGAUCUUACAUUUUUACUUUCUCUUUUUAAAUUCUAUAUUUCCAGUGAAUGAUCUUUGAAAGAUUUUACACAGAACGUAGUUUGAAUGAUUUAAGAAAACAUUAAAAUACGGGUAUUUCAAAGUAAAUAAAAUCCUUUCUGAUAUGAAAGGUCCAUUGAUUGUAUUGCCCUUUACUUUGCCUUGUAGUACAAGGUGCUCUGUGGGAUGGAACUAAUGUGUCGGUGUAUUGACGACCUGUGUAAGGGACCAGGGCUGUGAAAUGCUCCCGAACUGCAGCCCUUGGUUCGGCUGAGGACUGAGUCACUUUGGCAAGCACACUGUAUUCCGUCUCCCUUGCUGUUCCUUCUCUUCGGCAGUGAUGGUGCAUGCUCUCAACAGAACAGGAAGGUCCAGGUAGAGGUAGUGAAGUUCUCGCUGUACGUGAAAAAUGAUGUGGGCCUUUCAAUGUUUGAACUGCUGUACAAUGACAGCUGUGGUUUUGUCGUUUUUAAUCUCAUAGAAAUAAAUAUACUUUGAUAUGUAAAUAUACAUUAGGUUAUGCUAUUAUUUAUAUCUGUCUUAAAAUUUAAAUUGUAGCUGUGCCAUGAAAAUAAUUUAAAAGUACUCUAUAUUCACAUUGCCUGUGUUAAUGCUUUUUAAGGUUUAUAUUACAUCAGAUGUAUAUUUUGGGUUUGGCAUAAGCUAUUGUAAUUUUUGGCUUUUUGUUCAUAAAUAAUUUUCUGAAGGAAUGGUAACUUCUCAAGGAUUGUGAAUAAACAUUUUUACAUUUAAUGAUA